UUUGUGUUUUUGCAAACAAAUCAAUGCACAAACAGAGAUGAAAAAGAUAACCAAAAUGGAAAGAAGAAAUUGUUUAUCAUAAGGAUUUAUUUGGUUCCUCAAAUGCAGAAAACGGUGCGUUCGGUUGCUUCUGGACAAAAUCUAAAACCCUAAAACCCCGCUGUAUCUGGCAUUCUCUCUCUCGCAUAUGCGCUGCUUCUUCAUUGCGUGAUAGAAAAGAAAAGCUUCUGUAAAUGGCAUCCGACGCUCAGCAGCAUUCAUCCCAGAAGUUACAAAUUUACUCUUCUAACACUGGAGUCACCUCCUUCUGGAGAGAGAAGUAUGAAAGGGAUGCUAAGAAGUAUUGGGAUAUCUUCUACAAGAAGCAUCAAGAUAAAUUUUUCAAGGAUCGGCAUUACUUGGACAAGGAAUGGGGUCAAUAUUUCACAGGAGCAGGGAGAAAAGUGAUUCUGGAGGUUGGUUGUGGAGCUGGGAACACCAUCUUUCCUCUGGUUGCAACCUACCCUGACAUUUUUGUUCAUGCAUGUGAUUUCUCUCCACGUGCUGUUAACUUGGUUAAGACACAUAAAGACUUCAACCAAAGCCAAGUUAACGCUUUUGCGUGUGAUCUGACUAUUGAUGACUUAAGCAAGGAGGUUUCACCAUCUUCAGUUGAUAUUGUGACAAUGAUAUUUGUCUUAUCUGCAGUUUCCCCUGAGAAAAUGCCUCUAGUUUUGCAGAAUAUUAAGAAAGUUCUAAAGCCAAAUGGUUGCGUGCUGUUUCGUGAUUAUACUGUAGGCGACCUGGCUCAGGAAAGAUUCACUUGCAAGGAUCAAAAGAUUAGCGAGAACUUUUACGUGAGGGGCGAUGGCACUCGCGCUUUUUACUUCUCAAAUGACUUCUUGACAAGCUUGUUUAAAGACAAUGGCUUUGAUGUUGAAGAAAUUGGUUUGUGUUGCAAGCAAGUAGAGAACCGGUCACGUGAACUAGUUAUGAAUAGGCGUUGGAUCCAAGCUGUAUUCAUGUUUUCAGACACUUCAAACUCUUCUUUUAGUAAAAAAGUUGAAAUCAAGGAAGACCUCCUUGGUCAAGAUAAUGCUGAAUCCAAGGUCAAGGAAAGUUUUCUUAAGGAAACUUUGGAUGAUGUUGAGGUCGACAUAUCUGAAGGUCUGGCAGCUGAAAUGUUUGGAAUUUUGCCAUCCCUUGAUAGUGAGGUCAUUGAGGUUAAACUUAAAGACCAGAUUUUCAAGAUUAAUGUGGUGUCCAAAGAAUACCAGCACACAUGUAAAUCAACAGGAUUGAUGCUCUGGGAAUCAGCUCGUCUGAUGGCUUCUGUGUUAGCUGGAAGCCCAACUAUUGUUGAAAGGAAAAGGGUGUUAGAGUUAGGAUGCGGGUGUGCAGGCAUUUGCUCUAUGGUUUCUGCUGGAUCAGCUGACCUUGUGGUUGCCACAGAUGGAGAUACAAAAGCACUUGAGCUGUUGUCGCAGAAUGUUGCUUCUAACCUUAGAGCACCAUCCCUUGCGAAAUUGAUUGUGAAGAGACUAAAGUGGGGAAAUAGAGAACAUAUACAGGCCAUCAAGGAACUCAAUUCUGGAGGUUUUGAUGUCAUAAUAGGCACUGAUGUAACUUAUGUUUCUGAAGCUAUUUUACCCUUGUUUGCUAGUGCAAAGGAACUGAUGGCAUCCAACUAUAAUAGAAAUGAUGACAAACCUGCACUAAUUCUCUGCCAUAUCUUUCGCCGAGUUGAUGAACCAUCUAUACUUUCAUGUGCAUCCCAGUCCGGUUUUAGGCUGAUUGAUAAGUGGCCAUCAGAAAUCUCAGUUGAUUCAUCCGGAGGCAUCAUUAGCUCUUGGUUUCCACAGGAUGGUUGUGAGGACUAUAUCCCAAGUUCAGCAUUGAAUAUCAUGUAUUUUCAAAUGCAGUAAAGUAUUUCUUUUAUUUUCUAAUUUGUCCUUGAUUUUCUUCAAUCCAAAUAUGGUACGACUGAAUCCCUUGAUAUGUUUAAUAUCGUCAUUCUACCUUGUAUUA